AUGAGUGAACCUGCCAAGAAGCUCCGUAAACCCGAUGAGGGAGCAUUUAAACAGCAACGAUUACCUGCAUGGCAACCAGUUCUCACUCCUCGGACAGUUUUGCCAACUCUAUUUAUUAUUGGCAUCAUAUUUACACCAAUUGGUGGACUUCUUUAUUGGUCUAGUGGUCGAGCUAAUGAGAUUAUGCUCAACUAUUCCCAUUGUGGUCUAUAUGAAACUCCAGUCUACAUGGAACCAUCCAUGAUCAGUUAUGAGUUUUCACCUGCAGUUGACAUUAGCACAAUGGAGAUGCCUGCAUAUCACUAUCAAACGACGUCCGAGUUUCUUGACCCGACAUGGAAAAACCCCAAUCAACUGACUAUUAAGCAAUGUGUGAUUGACUUUACUGUGCCAAGCACAAUGACAGGACCGGUAUUUAUGUACUACCGUCUCACCAAUUUUUAUCAGAACCGUCGCCAAUACAUUAAAAGCUAUGACGCCGACCAACUUUUGGGAAAAGCUAUAUCGUCGUCGACUGCCCAGAGUAACUGUGACCCUGCUGGACAGACAGAAGAAGGGCUUAUUGUCUAUCCAUGUGGAUUGAUUGCCAAUUCAAUGUUUAAUGAUACCUUUUCGAAUAUAACCCAGAUUGAUGGUGAUAAUGCAGUUCUCUACGAAUUUUCUUCAACAAAUGUCGCAUGGCCCACAGACACCGAAAAGUACAAACUCACGACCUAUCCGAUCGAUGCAAUUGCACCACCGCCCAACUGGGUCUUGCGCUACCCGAAUGGCAAGUACGACCAAGACCAUCCUCCGCCAGAUCUGUCAACUAUGGAACGGUUCAUGGUGUGGAUGCAUGUCGCUGCCCUUCCUGAUUUCCGCAAAUUGUGGGGGCGUAAUGACAACCAGGAUCUUCCUGCCGGUAGAUGGCGUAUUCUUGUAGAUAUGAAUUUCGACACUGUCCAAUACAAGGGCACAAAAUGGAUCGUUCUCUCUACCACAACAGCCCUUGGUGGACGCAACUUACGACUUGGAGUUACAUACAUUUCUAUUGGCUCCAUUUGUCUUGCCCUUGGUGUUUUCUUUAGUAUUCGUCAGAGUGCCCGUCCAAGAAAACUUGGUGAUCAGGCUUACUUGUCUUGGAAUCAACCUGGAGGCGGUCUACCCAGUAAUGUUGCACGCCUAGCGCGUCUUCACCAAGACUAG